AUGACGGUCUGUGGGCUUUUUAAGGCAUCUAAAGACUGGGGCAAACCAUUCAAUAUCACAGUAAUCCAAGUCUAUGCCCGGACCAGAGUGUACGGGGUGCCCUCCCUCUCCCCCAAGCCUGGCUCGCUCAUGCUCCCCGGAGACAAUCUGACCCUCUGGCGUCGCUCAGAGGCCGGCUUUGGCAGAUUUGCUCUGACCAAGGAUGAGGGGCUCAGCCCUCCCCUCCGUCUAGAAGGGCAGAAGAGCCCUGACUUCCCCCUGGGCCAUGUGAACAGCACCCACGGAAACACCCACGGUGGCCAGUACAGAUGCUACAGUGGACACAACCUCUCCUAUGCGUGGUCGGCCCCCAGUGCCCCACUGGGCAUCCUGAUCAUGGGAAUGCACAGGAAACCCUCCCUCUCUGCCCGCCCGGGGGCCUCAGUGCCCCAGGGAGAGAACGUGACCCUGCAGUGCCGCUCUGAAGUCCAGUCAGACACCUUCCAUCUGUCCAAGGAGGGGUCGCUCGCUGCUCCCCAGCACCUUUGUCUGCAGGACCCGGCUCCACCCAUUCAGGCCAACUUCACCCUGUGUGCUAUGACCUCAGCUCACAGUGGGACCUACAGGUGCUACAGCUCACACAGCACCGCCCCCCACCUGCUGUCGCUCCCCAGCGACCCCCCUGGAGCUCCUGGUCUCAGGGAGCAGCUGGGGCCUGCAGACCCCACCCACUUGCGCAAGCUCCACGUCCGCUGA